CAGCGGAGCGUCAUCGGAUUCUACCACAGAUCUCUUCUAAACAAUCCUCAAUCUCGCUAUUGUUUCCAUUCAGUUAUUAUUUUGCUCUGUUACGUUGCUGAAUAUUUGCCAGUGUGUGAAUGGAAAACAAAGGUACAUUUCUGCUUUGCUACUCGGCUAGUUGUCCAGCAGUGGAAUGGAUCAGUACAGUAUUCUGGGUCGGAUUGGGGAAGGAGCUCACGGGAUUGUUUUCAAAGCCAAACACAUCGAGACAGGAGAGACAGUGGCUUUGAAAAAAGUCGCUUUGCGAAAACUUGAAGAUGGUAUUCCAAACCAGGCCCUGAGAGAAAUCAAAGCCCUUCAAGAGAUUGAGGACAACCAAUAUGUGGUGAAGCUGAAGGAUGUCUUCCCUCACGGCACAGGCUUUGUUCUGGUGUUUGAGUACAUGUUAUCUGAUCUGUCAGAAGUCAUUCGGAAUUCCCAGCGUCCUCUCACCGCAUCCCAGGUCAAAGGUUACAUGGUGAUGCUGCUGAAAGGAGUGGCUUUCUGCCACGAGAACUCUAUUAUGCACAGGGAUCUGAAGCCUGCAAAUCUUCUAAUCAGCUCAACGGGUCACCUGAAGAUUGCUGACUUUGGUCUGGCGAGGCUCUUUUCAAAUGAAGGAGAUCGUUUGUACAGUCACCAAGUGGCCACCAGAUGGUACAGAGCACCAGAACUUUUGUAUGGUGCCAGAAAAUAUGAUGAAGGAGUUGAUCUCUGGGCAGUAGGCUGCAUUUUCGGGGAGCUGUUGAAUAACUCUCCACUUUUCCCGGGAGAGAAUGACAUUGAGCAGUUGUGCUGUGUGCUCCGAGUGCUGGGAACUCCCAACCAGAAAGUUUGGCCCGAAAUAACAGACCUACCAGACUACAAUAAGAUCACAUUUAAAGAAAACCCACCUAUUCCUUUGGAGGAGAUUGUACCUGACACGUCACCACAAGCUGUGGACCUCCUGAAGAAGUUCCUUGUCUAUCCGUCCAAACAGAGGAUCAGUGCUACUCAGGCUUUGCUCCAUCCGUAUUUUUUCACGGACCCUCUCCCGGCUCAUCAUUCAGAGCUCCCCAUCCCACAGCGCGGAGGAAAGCACUCCAGACAGCGCAUGCAACCGCCUCACGAAUUCACAGUGGAUCGACCCUUACACGAGAGCUUGGUGGACCCGAGUCUGAUCCAAAGGCACGCGUGGAGUUGUUUGUGAAAUCUCGGGGUUUGUACUCUUUCAAACCAGGAAGUGGCCCAUUAAGUCAUGCUCA